AUGUUCUCGGGUUUCGAUAAACGUAAAGUGAUUGAAACUGCUGGACAACAUAAUCACGAUAAAAAUUCUAUUGAGAAAAUAGAAACGCAAGUUUUAAGAGAAAAUUGCAAAAGAAAAGCUGAAGAAUCAAUUUACACACGGCCACUUAAAAUUAUUCGCACCGAACUUUUAAAUUCUUCUCCAACAUCAAAUUUAAACAAUCAAAAUGUAAGAAAUGUACGGAAAGCAAUGUAUGAUAAACGGAAGCAGACCUAUCCUAAAUUACCAACUUCUUUGGAUGAAACAAUUCAUCAAUUAAGUGACUUAAAAAAUGAAGAAUGUUUUAAAUAUAAGGGUCAACAAUUCAUUUACAUGCCGACUGAUGAUAAUUUUUUUUUAAAUAAUUUAUGUUUGAAAUUAUGCGAAAAAAGUUUGCAAAUUAACACAUUUCAUGUUGAUUUUGAAAUUGGAGCUCAUCAGGCAAUUACAGACGUGUUUGGAAAUAUUAAAAUAAUUGGAUGUAGAUUUCAUUUAGGACAAUCAUGGUGGAAAAAAAUUGUUGGCGAACCUUCACUCAGAAUAGCAUACAUGGACAACAGUAAUGAACUAGGGAAAUGGUUGAAAAUGUUUUUUGGUUUGGCGUUUAUUUCCCCAGAAGAAGUAGUUGAUGCAUUUCACGAGUUAAUAUCAAUUUGUCCAAAUGAUGACGGUUUCAUAUUUUCUGAUUACAUUAUACACAACUAUAUUGAAGAUCACUGCCAGUUUCCUCCAAAUAUUUGGGCGGAAACUCCUUCGCUAAACCCAAGAACGACCAAUGCAGCUGAAAGCUUUCAUCGCACGUACAAUUCACAGUUUUAUUCACCUCACCCCCAUGUUCAUACAGUCGUUAGGGUAUUGAUCGAAACACAAGCGGAAACAUCGACUAAGAUCAAUUCAAUUCGACACAAGCCUGGAAAAUUACAAUCCGCAAAAGAAAUAAAAAAAAAUGAAUUGAAUAUUCAAGCCUACAGCCAGUUUUUAAAUCGUAAGAAUACGGAAUCUUUAUUAAUUUAUUUAAGUCAAAUUGGAAGCAGAUACCAAGGUGUAUCAAUUUAAUUUAUUAUUAUCAAAAAAUCUAGCUAGGUAUAUUAUACUGUAUUAUAAUAUGAAUGU